GAACUGGCAUUUGGAAAUUUGGAGUUGGAGUUUAUACAGCAGUUUCAACCGCUUACCUUGAGCAAAAAAAUAGGCAUGUAUAUUCAGAUAUAUUAACAGAUCUUCAAGAUCAAUUAUAAAAAGCAGAACAGAUAUGCUCGUCAAUGAACAGUGAAAUUUGAUUUGUUUUUCAGACUGAAAUGUGAACGAGUCUGCCUGCACGGGAAACAGGUUAUUGCGCAUACGUAGUUUAUGUGUAACUUAUUAAAUUAACUACAUCUAAAAUACUCAUUUAUGCUUUCGCGAUAAAUACGACGCCAAAGGUUUAGACACCGGAAGUUCAAGAUAGGAACUAAAUAAUCCGUUCGCUGUUGUUACAUUCAACCCUGUCCCUCCAGGGAGGAGUAAAUUUAAUGCAGUAAUGCACUAGCAUGUUAGCUUAUAGUAAGCUGUUAUAUAACAGUCAAAUUAGCGGCAGUACAAAUGUUGCUAUUGCACUUUAAUACAAGGAAGCGGGAGCCGUCCAACAUGAUUUGAUCAUAUCUUAUGCGAACUUCAAAUACCUUCGCUGAAAACGAGCAAAACAGGCGUCAACUGACUCGGUUGCUAGCCUGUUCAUAUAUUUUAGAUGUGUUUCUAGCUUGUCGCUAGCAACUAACUUGCCUUCACAGACCUUUCGCGAAGUUAAAGGCUGUCACUGGAUCUUGAUAUAGAUAAAAUACACAUUUUCAUUGCUGCUUAUGAGUUCUUUUACUGGCUGAAAUGUCAACGCUGUCGCUGGAUAAAGGAAUGCAAGAGCGGCUGCGAGAGGCAUCCGCGAUCGGGGACAUCGACGAAGUACGAGCUUUAGUGGAAAGCGGAGUUAACGUCAACUCGCAGAAUGAAAUAAACGGAUGGACUUGUCUGCACUGGGCGUGCAAGAGGAACCACAAACCGAUCGUGGCUUAUCUUCUGAACUCUGGAGCAGACAAAGAUGUUCUCACCUCAAAAGGAGAAUUAGCUGUCCAACUAACCUCUAAGCCUGAUAUCAGAAGACUUCUAGGAGUUGAGGAAGAUGUUCCGGAGGUAAAAGAGCCAGAAUUACCUAUUAUCCCAAAUUAUCUGUCAAAUCCACCGUUCCCUUACGGCACGUCUGACACGGAUGACCUCAUUUUGGCACCCCACACUUUCCAGAAUGGUACGGCUAAUCGACAGCCUUACUCUGAGCCUGUCACCUCUCUGCCUUCCCCUCCGGACCUGUCUCCAGCCUCCUUGAUUUCCUAUGAACGGGAAGAAAGCUUGUUUGUUGACCCCGAGAACUCGAAAGAGGGCGCCGGGCAGAAUGGCUUGAUGCCGGACCCUCCGGGUGCCAUGAAUGGCGUGCUCUCAGGGGCCCACUGCUCCAGGAACGGAGAGCAUAGCCACGCCGCAUCUCCGAUUGAGCCGGUGCACCCAGUGCCUCCCGCUGCCGGUGGCAGCGCCGGAUCCCAGGCUGCCAAUCCCACGGUGACCAGACAGCAGUCCAUUCCGCAGCAGCUCAGCUGUGGUCCACCCGGGGUAUCAGUGCCUGCCUUCCAGCCUUUCUUCUUCACCAGUACCUUUCCAGUUAAUGUCCAAGAGCUGGUCCUGAAAGUGCGGAUUCAGAACCCCAAUGCCCGGGAGAAUGACUUCAUCGAGGUGGAGCUGGACCGCCAGGAACUCACGUACCGCUCGCUGCUCCGGGUCUGCUGCAGGGAGCUCGGCAUAAGCGCCGAUCACGUGGAGAAGAUCCGCAAGCUGCCCAACACCAUGCUGAGGAAGGAUAAAGAUGUGGCCAGGCUACAGGACUUCCAGGAGCUGGAGGUCGUGCUGGAGAGGAUGGAAGGCCUCUCUCUGCUGUCAGGGAAUAAAGGCAAGGAGAACAAGGGAACUGAAACUGGCAUCUCACUAAAGAUUAUAUGAGAAGAUGCGGAUAAAUGUUUGUACCCUGUCAUUAAUUGUGAAAUUUGUUUUGUUUCGUUUUUUGUUUUUUUUUUUGAGAGUGUUUUAACCUCACCCAAUCUGAAUGACUACAGGGAAGUUUAAACAUGUAAACACUACAAUCUUCACCCUUCACACUAGGGUCCUGACUCUGUGUCCGGGGUUCUGCUGUGCAGUGGUGACCCUACUGGUUUAGUGGGAAUGGUUAACACUGUAUUUAAUAUUUGUUCAUUUCUUAGUAAAGAAAGAAAAAUGUUCAACUUAACCUAUGCAUUCAGAGUCUGAUAUUUUUAUAUGUCUUAUGUAAUUUGAUAAAAAAAAAAAAAACCUUACGCACUUUUUAACCUGUGUUAAAUAACGGGGACCUGUAGCUGUUCAUUAAUAAAGCAUGAGAAAUAUGUGUCA